CUCGGCUCCAGAAGCGCCCUGCCCAUCGUUAAUUGUGGCCCUCUCCAAGGACCGCCCGUCCUCUCCGAGACUCUGUCGCUUGCCUUAGCAUCCCUUUCACAACACAAGCGAGCCGUUCGUCGAUUUGCUCGAGGACAGUCGAUCCAGUCCUUGGAAAAACCCUGGGUUGUUUGCUUCGCUCCCACUGCAACGUCACCACCCUGAAUCCCACCGACCGACCUUUUCCUGAUCCUUCACCAGCCAAUAUCUUCCUUCCUUCGUCUCUUGUAACCCUCCCCCGCCAGUAGACACGUUCAUCUCUACUCUCACCAUAGUCCCCCCCUCAGUGCCAAACAGGCGAGGAGGUGUAGAUCCCAAUCCUAUCUCGAUCUCCUGUGGACGACCCCCAUUACACCAUCCCUUCGACCCUCGAGCCGAGUAAGGAAAAGCCUACGCAGACUUCGCUCUUCACCAGUCGUCCUGUUCUUCCUUGAGAGAACCUGAAAGAGUAGUCUUGGAUCGUUCUCAUCGUCGACCAGCAGUACAGUGCUCGUGGGCAUCGCAUACUCCCUCACAGGCCGGAGUAGGGAUUUCGAACACAAUAAGUCUGCCACAGGCCCGUUUGCCAAUAUCUUGCCUGUGCUAUGGCAUUGGCAUUGCUUCCACCCUACCACUCGUGCCACCCUCUGCAGAACCCUCUACCCUCGCCAACCGUACUGCUGGCUUCAGCGGCUAUGGAACAGGCCAACAAGCUCAGGCCUUCCUUGCCCUCUAUCUCCAGUCUCAUCGAAGCAGUCACGGAGCAGUCUGAAAAAGGCAACGCUUCCUCUCCAACAUUCGGUGCCUCUCGAAGGAUUUCUGGGGGCUCGCAUGGACAUGGAAUAAGCCCAGAGAGACCAAAACUAUCAGGAAGCCCCCGAAGUCUUCCUCCACCGACACCAGAACUACCGCCGCCGUCGAGAUUCGACUUGCCCCGACCCUCCCCCACCAACACAUCGCCCAGCUCAGGUCCCAGCCGGGGCAUUUAUCAUCAAAGCACGAAUCCAGAGUUGUAUGCUCAACGGCCGGCAGCUGGGCUCGCAGUGACUGAACCAGCUACUGCAUAUCCUUCAUCAACUGACCGGAGUUCAUGGCCACCUCCACACCUUCCAAGGCUCGCAGCUGAAAGUGUGCAUCCAGACCAACCGCCAAGGCCUCAAGCAGCGCCUUCAAUCGAGCCUCGUGCAGCAGAAGUUCCAGCCUACAACGGCCUUUCUCAACAACGGCCUCUCCCAACAGAUUUCCCUGGCCCCAUUCCAGGUAUUGGUCUGCAAACAGUCGACCCUACAGUGGCGCCAGCGUGGCAGCUUCCUCAAUACUACCCCGCUGUCCACAACGCAUACCCUCACAGCCACGAGCGCUACAUAUGCCCGACAUGCCACAAACCCUUCUCCAGGCCGAGCUCGCUGAAGAUUCACACUUAUUCACAUACGGGAGAAAAACCUUAUAGGUGCAAGUACGACGGGUGUGGGAAAUAUUUCAGCGUCCGAAGCAACAUGAAACGGCACGAAAAGGGGUGUCAUGGAGGUGAACCUGCAGCAGCGAGAGGAUCCCUUACGCGAAACAGCUACUGAAUGCUACGUUAUCAGGGGGAUUUUUUAUGAUCCGCACUUCAACUCGAGAAGAGACGACACUGGAGCAAAUCGCGGCGCACGGCUCAGCCCUUCCUGCGCCUUUCUCGGGAAUGCACAGCAAAUUUUUCGAGAGGCAGAACCUGCGACAUAAUUUGCAAGUUCUAAAAGCCAAAGUUGGUUGGCAGCAUUACUCGACCUCCUAAACAGCCAUGGUCGCAAGGAACUCUCAGUGUCUCUGAUUUGCUUCAGGAACGGCAACUGCAACAGCCACAGCGCCAGCCCGUCCGUUUUCUCGUCUUUUCUAUUUCUCCGGCAUCUCAUGUGUGUUUUUAAAGUCUUCUGCGUUCAAGCGAUGGGUUUCAGGGAACGCGGGAAAAGAUCAGCACGAACAUGCUUGAGGGACGAAGCAUGUCAGCAUGGUUGGGAUCAGGAAUUAGCAGUUGGGAACGCAAAAACCAUAUCUGUUCACAGAGACAGCAUUUUUUUUGUUAGCUUCGCGCAUCCAUCGUCCAGAGUAACGGAUAGGUUAUAACCAUACCCUCUGUCUCACGCACAUCUUUUGAUGAUGACACCACUAAAGGAGGACUCAAUGGCAGCCCGGUUGCAGGGGUAGCACAGAAGACAUUUGUUGGAGGGUUUCUCUGGGAGCAGAAGCAUAGAUGGUGAAGACUAUGCGUAUGUACAUUAUACGAGCGAGCACACAUGGGCACCGUCACUCGGCGGCAGUGAUACACCUGUACAACAUUG